GGACCGGACUUACGUAGUUUUGGACCGGAUAGUGCUAGCUCACGAUCUGCAUGCUUUAUUAAGAAAAAAUAGGGUUUUCUCGCUUAGUCUCUGUCUCGAUGGUUCCCGAUCCAGCAAUGGAAAGAUCCGAUCCUCCUUCACCGAAGCGUCAGAAGACGGACGAGGAAACAACUUGCUAUGAUGGCCGUCCUGAGGAUUUUGAUUCUGACGAGUGCACCGACGAGGAGAUGCAACUGUUCGACCAAGAGUUGGAUAAGAUAGGCGGGGGUUAUGAAAUCGACUUCAAGAAAUUUCGCUAUUGUUUUGGUUGGAAAUCACUGGAUCUGGAUGAUAGUACCAUGGUUGAUGAGCCUGAAACCAACAGAGAUUUUAUCGCUACGUUGGCGAACCUCGCUCUCACCAAGUACAACGCAGACAAAGGAACAAGCUUGGAACUGGGCAAGAUUUUGAUUGCCAAUUUUCAUCUAUCUUGUGGAUUCUCUUUCUACAUCUCAUUCCAAGUCAAUGAUCCUUCUGAUGGUAAUCAGACUAAUAAGCCCUAUCGAGCAGUGGUUCGCUACUUCCCAGGAGAUAUUGAAGUUGUCUCUUGUAAUCCCAAAGGGACAUAAACUCUGCUACAUUGUUUCACCCUUCACAUUGUUGAGGUUGUCGUGUUUAUGUCCUACAUAUAUUAGCAGGCCCGGUCCAGAGGGUAGGCAACAUAAGCAACUGCUUAGGGCCCUUGGGCCAUAUUUCACAAUUUUACAUUACAAAUUGUUAUUAUUUGUAUAUUUGCUAUAUUGGCUUAGGGCCCAAAAGAAAUUUUUUAUUGUUUGGACCGGCCCUGUAUAUUAGUGGUAGAAAUGUUCGUGAAUGAUAACCAAACUAAGUUGAUCAGAAUCACAUUUUUAUAAAGUAGUACGUAAUAACAGUUUAGGAUCCACAAAAAUACAUAAACCGUAAAUGUAAAAGCUCUUCAAACCGUAAAAUACAUAAUAACGCUGGUUUCAAGAUGCAUAACAAUUUGUACACUAUAUAAAAAAUGUUUGAUGAUUGCAUUACAAUAACAGAUCAUACAAUCAGCAUAUAAGAGCAACUCCAAUGGUGUUACUCAUCAUUGGAAUCCUUAACAAUAAAAUAAUAUAUUUUUUUUUUAAUUUUUUUUGUUUGAAUAGUUAAGGACUCUAAUCAUAUUUGUUAGUCCAAUGGUGUUAUCCAUUAUAGAAUUCUUAGGAAUAAAAUAUAAUUAAAUUUGUAAAACAUUUAAUAAAUUUGUAAAACAUUAAAAAUAAGUAAAUUUGUAAAACAUUUAAAAAAUUUUAAAAGUAAAAAAAUUGUAAAAAAUAGUUUCUGUUACAUUGUUGGUUUUACUUAAAAGCAAACAUAAAGUUUCAGCGAAUGAACUAGCAAGGUUACGUCUCUCGAAACUAUAUCUCCAAGUUAUUACAACCACCAUAUAAGAUAAAAGGGAGGGUUGGUGUCAAAUUACUGCUUUCCUUACUUGCGGUUUAUCAUAUAUUUGAUCCAUGUGAGAGAGUACUAGUAGAGAAGCUUGUAAACAAACCUCUUGAUAUGAUCAAGUAUCAAAAGCCUUGCCCCUGGUGCUGGUGGAAUGUUUACUUCUUGCUCUGAUUGUUUCCUUCACCUGAAAGAAGAACAAAAACCCGUGGUAAGUAAAAAGAUAUGUAUACUCUUUUUGUAUUGGUUCAUGAACAAUCAAUCAAUCACCUUAUACAUUGUUCCUGACGCAACAGCGUAGCAAACAGCCCAGGAGAGUGCGUGUGCAGGCCUUACUUUCAAGCCUUUGCUCACAAAAGCGUACGCCAACCCACCACCUGAGGCUGAGACCAUGCUGCAAAGUUUGUCAAAACCCAAUCAGAAACAACGUCUGUAACAGGUUUUCAUCAAAUCAAUAUCACCCAAAGAACAAAUCUUGAAGAUUCUCAGACAAGGAAAUAUAAACAGGGAUCAAAAAGUUGAGUGAAAAAAGAAUGAAACUUUACGCAGCCGUAAGAUCAUCUUUGCUUCUGAUUC